AUGGUUUGCGAGGCAAUUAGCAGCUUCAGCAAGUCCAACAAAGAUCCGCCUGUUUUAGAAGAGAUCCAAGUUAACGUCCAGGAUAUCCCCGACACGCAGCAGCUCAUAGAACCCGACGCAAAAGUGUCGAUGCCGCCCAAAUCUGCAGCUGCUCCAGCCAAAAUCCUGUUUCUCGAUGGCGUCCGCGGCCUGGCAGCGAUUCUCGUCGUGAGUCAGCACUCCCGUGAAUACUUGCACGACCUCGAUCUUGGAGCUUGCGCGGUGGACACAUUUUUUGUGUUGUCUUCGUUCUUACUGACAAUGAUCUUCAUGAAAAAGAGCAUUCGGAUGCUCGCACACAACGCGAGUUACCGUAAAUGGGGCUUCAGUCUGGCGGACUAUUUCUCCAAACGCUUCUUCCGAGUCUACCCGUUGUUCGCCACUGUUGUUUUGAUUAUUUGGUUACUACCUUACGAGAAGCAGAAACAGUACUUCCUUGUCAAAGAGCGUGGCCACUUUGACUUGUUCAAGGUGCUGACGUUCAGCUUCCCACACCGAUACUUUGUCUUCUGGACGUUGCCAUUGGAGAUCUCCUACUACUUCUGUCUACCGGUUUUCGUGCUGGGAGUACUGAAUCUACGUCGCUUCUGGUGGGUUCCUUUCAUCCCGCUGUACGUGUGGAUCAUAUACGCUGGCUGGCACUUGCGCAGAUCGAGUCACUCCCCACUGAUGCCUCAUUUCCCGACGUUUCUGGCUGGUUCCAUGGCUGCCAUUCUAUUCGUCAAGCUCGAUUUGUGGAUGAAAGCCACAGGGUUCGAGUUUAACAGACUACACAAGCUUGCUAUCCGAGCUAUUGAGUAUGCGGCUGUAGCGUUGAUCCUCAGUGUAUGUUUUCGUAGGAACUCUCACCCCGGUCAGUCAGUAGAGCCGACGAUGUUCUUCCACUGGGUGCAUAAGCCAGAGCAUGACGAAGGAGGCUUCCCGUUCAUCAGCGUCCCCGUCACGUUGGUAAUUGUAGUCGAAAUGUUGCUACCAUCGUGCAUCUCUGCGAUGUUUGAGUGGAGUGUACUGCGAUACUGGGGCAAGAUCAGCUUCUCUGUGUACUUGCUGCACAGCUUCGUGGUCUUCAGUGACAUCUACGGCAAAGACCCCAGCAUGUACUACGAUCGGUUGUUUACCCGCUUUGGUCUCAUCCUCGUAUUGUGCACGACUUCUUAUUACUUGGUUGAGUACCCGUCGCAGUUGCUAGCACAGCGUAUCACACGCGUGCUGACCGAACAAGAAGCAAAAGGUCCUGGAAAUCUGACGUUGCCAUUCUCGUUCGACACCAAGCGCCAAUUCUUCCGAAUUCCAAACAUGACUCAAAUUGCCUAG